CACCUCCGCCAUGACACUUUCAGUUGCUAUGCUUCCGGUACGAAUCCAUGCCUUGUAACGCUUUGCGUUUGUUUUACGUUUGUUUUGAUUUUGAGUGGUUAACACACAGGUUUUGAUAAAUUCUCGCCGACUUCACCUAUCUUCAUCGGUCACACGACCGUGGAGUGCAACCAUGGGCAAGAGCCGUUCCCCUUCACCCAGAAGGAGGCGGAGUCGCUCCAGGGACAACAGAGACCGUCAUGACAGGGAUCGGGAGCGCGAGCGAGAACGAGAAAGAGAAAGAGAGCGCGACCGGGAUCGCAGGAGACGCCGCUCCAGGGAGCGAGAACCCAUCAGGAGAAGGUCAGAAGAUCGGGAUAGAAACAGGGAUCAUCGACGCUUCUCAAGAUCAAGAUCAAGAUCUAAGUCUCCUGCUCCUAAACCAAAGGCUCGACCAUUUGCAGCACCCAAAGUUGUGUCUGAUGCUGACCUUGCUGGGAAGACACCUGAGGAACAAGAAAUGUUGAAGGCAAUGGGAUUCUGCUCAUUUGAUUCAUCUAAGGGGAAACGAGUUCAAGGAAAUGAUGUUGGAACUGUCCAUGUUAUUCUGAAGAGAAAAUACAGACAAUACAUGAACCGGAAAGGUGGUUUCAACCGACCUUUGGAUUUUGUCGCUUAAUUUUUCUGUGUUAAAUAUUUUUUACCUAUUAUUUACUUUCACUCCGAAUUUUUUGUCAGAUUAAAGUUUUGUUGUAGGAGCAAGUGUUUUGUGGAUAAAUGGGAUGAAAGAGUGUAUGUGUUUGUGCUGUCUGGUAUGUUAAGUUUUUGACUUGGUAUAGAUAUGAUUACCGGUAUUUUGUUUUUGUUACAUUACCAGACUGAAGAAUACAAUUGUACAUAGCUGUGUAUCUUAAUAAAUACUUUGUAAGGAGUA